AUGCAGACGCGUCCGAGCAGUGAACCGCAUCGCAGCAGAGAUCAGGAUGCGAAUAGGGACAGGGAUGGGGUUCAGCCCCAGAAGUGCGCCAGUGCAACAUUGGCCAAGAAGCCAAUUACCCCACCGGCUGCACCACCGCCCACGCCGGCCAACAGGGUGGUGCCACCAUUGACGGUCCCCAUAAUCCAGCUAACGCCAGCCCAAAGUGAGAGCCCUGCAAAGGUGGGACUACCAACCACGACGAAGGAUUCAUCCAUCACCCUUCCCGACACGAGUAACAAGGAGAACCAGCCUGCAAAGGCUCCGCCCCCAACCAAAUCAUGCCCUUUGGGUGCACCCACCAACUACGUGGCUAGACGCACUUGGAUUACCACCGAGAGGAUGAACGAACUGAGGCGGAAGGCCCAGGAGGCCGCCAAGCAGAAUAAGAUCUUUACCAUCCGCGGUUGCUUUAACUCUGUGAGAAACGCUCUCCUGACGAGGGGCUGGGUGGAAAAGUUGGACGUGCACCGAAAAGUGAUGCCGGCGGGACAGAUGACCUACGAGGAUCUCACCCAGCGACUGCCCAAGAGGAAGGCAGGGGAAACACGGCGGCAAUAUGUGCAGAAGUGCGAAAGGAACAUCAUGUCCCGAUUCCUGGAACAUAUGCCUGUGGACUUUCUCUGGACGAACCGGAAAGAGAAGUGCGACUACAUCGACCAGGCCAAGAACCCCGGCAUGACCAUAAACAAAUUCCAUCGGGCACCGUUCACCUCGAAGGAGGGCUUAUGUAGUCAGCUGCGAGACUUCCACUGGUUCUUCGAGGAAGGUACCGCCGAGAUGUACUUCCCGAGGUGCUACAACGUCUGGAGUCCGGAGGAACUGGGCGAGUUCAUCGAGAACUUCAAGCUGACCGCUUGUGUGGCUUUUCUGAGAGCCAUGCUCUGCAAGUACCACAAGCAGGGCUCCGAGGCAGUCUUCUCUUGCAGUGGCAAAAUCCCCUACUCCUCGAUAGAUUUUGCUUACAAGCGCCUGGUGGAGUUCCUUGACAGCUGCCAGCACAACGACAUUGACUUUGAGGAUCCGCCCAAGAUAUGGGAGCACGACUGGGACGCCUUUCUCUUCCAGCACCAGCAGCUGGUUAACGAAGACGGGCGGAUUCAGCACGAUGGUGGCCAGCGGCUGGAUCCGAUGGUCAAGAGCUGCCUAUCGCUGGUGGACAAGAUGAAGAUCCAUUGGCCGCAAUACAGCCUGGAUGGUUAUCAAAAUCUGUGGAUAGUCAAGCCAGCCAAUAAGUGUCGCGGUAGGGGUAUCAUCCUCAUGGAUAACCUCAAGAAAAUACUGGGCGUAGUUAACCCGUCGAUUGCCUCCAAGAGCCGCUAUGUGGUGCAGAAGUAUAUAGAACGGCCAUUGAUCCUGUUCCAAACCAAAUUCGAUAUACGACAGUGGUUUCUCAUAACCAACACCCAGCCCCUGGUGGUAUGGUUCUACCGGGAGAGCUACCUGCGCUUCAGCUCGCAGGAGUACAGCCUGAGCAACCACCACGAAUCUGUGCACCUAACCAACUACGCCAUUCAGAAGAAGUACACCAACGGGAAGCGGGACAAGCGACUGCCAAGUGAGAACAUGUGGGACUGCUACUCUUUCCAGGCUUAUCUACGCCAAAUUGGCAAGUACAACAUGUGGCUGGAGCGGAUCUUCCCUGGAAUGCGGAAGGCCAUCGUGGGCUGCAUGCUUGCAUCCCAGGAGAACAUGGACAGACGGCCAAACACCUUCGAACUCUUUGGUGCCGACUUUAUGAUCUGCGAGAACUUCUACCCCUGGCUGAUAGAGAUCAACUCCAGUCCGGACUUGGGAGCUACCACCAGUGUGACAGCACGUAUGUGCCCGCAAUGCUUGGAGGAUGUCGUCAAGGUUGUUAUUGAUCGCCGCACAGAUCCUAAGGCGGACAUGGGCAACUUUGAGCUGGCAUACCGCCAGGUGGUGCCACCCACUCCCGCUUACAUGGGCCUUAACCUUUUCGUAAAAGGCAAGCAGGUACUGCAAAAGGUGAACCAUGGAAGUGGCCAUGGUCACUACUACUACCAGCAGAGAAAGGAGCGCUCGCUGGCCACCAGCAGCGUUUACCGCCAGCGUUCGGCCAUCAUUCAUCCGGCGACGAGUAUUUCUCGUAUCCACCGCGCCAUGCCCACCUUUAAUGCCACCGAGUAUAUGGAGAAGUACAUGGUAGAGCCCCUGAGCAGCAGCCGAAGCAGCCUAUGCAGUCAGCAGCUACAAAAGUCGCCUUCAGUGGCUGCUGUCCUCACGGCUCCUCCAACGGGAUCACCGAGUCCCUUUAUCCUCAAUAAGGCCGGCCGCUCCAUCACCCAGCUCCUCAGUGCCUCCCACAAACGCAAUACGGCAGGUUCUCUUCCGGGUGAACCCAUCCCUAGCACCGCAUUACCACCCAAGCGGCAGCGUAGCUGUGGACCCCGUCUUAGUUCCACGAAUCCAGUGGAGAGUUCAGAGAAAAAGUUCAAGAUCCUGAUUAAAAACUAUUCUGCCACCGGAAAUGAGCCUCUGCAUGAUGCGCGGCAGGAAGCGGCUUUUGUGUCCACUGCUCCGGUGAUUAGCGAGCGUAAAUGGCGAAGUCUGCGCAACAUUGCAGCCACAACGGUCAGCUCCUCCAACUCUGCAUCCCGAUCCAAAGGAGUGCCCUUGCCUGCUCCCACUUUGCCCACGCGCCGCAUUAGUCGCACCAAAUCCGAGAUCGACAGCACUAUUGGGUGCAUUGGCAAAACAUUUGGACGGAAGUCAAAUGGACCACGGCUACCUGUUAGUAUAUCCGUGCAGGCAUUGCAUCGAGGAGAGCCCAUAGUGGCGGCUUUAAAGCAGGCUACCAGCGAACUUCAGCUCUCCCAGGCUCAGAUGAUGAGUCCGCGAACCGCAUUGGCCAACAAGCUGAACAGUUCCACGCUAACGGUGCCCACGCCAGCACUUCCGGUAGGCUAA